AUGUCGACUCAAACAUCAACACAGACCUCCGAAGUGGAGCAGCUCCGCUUGAAGGCUAGUAACAGCCCAAUCAACGACUGGCAGACCGAUCUUGCCAGAGACGGAUAUGCUGUCGUGAAAGGUGCUGUCGCCAAGGAAAAGGCUGCACAAUAUGCCGAGCGCAUGUAUGAAUACCUCGAAGGCUUUGGCCUUGGUUUUGACAGAAAUGAUCGCUCCACAUGGACCGCUGAGCACCUCCCUGAGAUCAACAACAAGGGCAUGUGUCUCGAUUACGCCGUCGCUCACGAAGACUUUGUUUGGGACAUUCGAUCAGAGCCUGGUGUUGUCGGAGCAUUCGAACAAUGGCUGAAGACCCAAGACUUGAUUGUCUCUUUCGAUGCUGUCAACUUUGGGUUGACUGGUCGCAAGGACUUGGCCCCCAACACACCAUGGCCUCACCAAGAUCAAGAUCCCACAAAGAACGGCUUCCGCUGCUUGCAAGGUCUUGUCAACAUCCUUCCCAAUGGACCCAACGAUGGAGGUCUCAUUGUGUGCAAAGGUGCUCAUCUUCACAGCGAGCAGUUUCACCGCGAGGUUGGUUUUCCGGAGAAGGAACGCAACGAGCACAUUCCUGCCUGGAAUCCUGAAUGGUACGGCUUUACCGACAACGGCAUAAGAUGGUUCGAGGAGAAGGGCCUUGGAUGGGUCAAGGUUUCUGCAGAGCCGGGUGACCUCUUACUCUGGGACUCCAGGACACCACACUACAACCUGAGCUCCACCACGGACCAAAAUCGCUUUUGUGUGUACACUUGCUACAUGCCCGUUGCCGAUGCAAGUCAGGAGGAUCUGAAACGCAAGAAGAUUGCCUUUGAGGGUUGGUUUGGCACCACACACUGGCCAAAUUGUCGCGUCAUGGGACGUAAUCAAGCGAAGAGAAAUGGCGAGCCUGACCCUCACAACAGGACUGAACCUGUGAAGAAACCUCAAUUGAGUGAGCGUGCAUAUCGUCUGACAGGCAUUCCGUACAUCGAGGCGUGA